UUUGUUUAUCUUUUCUCAUUACACUCUCUAAUCUGUUAUCUAGUAGAACCAAAAGAAUGCAAACCAUGAUGCUAAUACAGUAAUUUUACUGUUUUCUCAAGUCACGGGACCAUUGUCAUUCCUAUAUAAGCUGAGCUCAUGCAGAAGCUACAUUCAACAGUCACUCUCUCCUGCUCUCUAUAAACUUUUAAGAGAAGGUAAUACUAGCAAAAGUGACAAAGGUACGCUAAUUCAAUCAAGCAUUUCUAAGUUGAUAUGGAGAAGGAAAAUCUGGAGGAGUUGCAGAGAAGAUGCUCUCUUUUUAAAGAAAUAUCUCAACUAUAUGAAGCAAAUUAUGAAGAAAAGAAGAAGGUGCAAGAUUUGAAGCAGCGGCUUGAAGAAGUGGAAAAUGAACAGAAGCUGAAGAAAAAGAACAAGACAGUUCUCAAAGAAUCGAGUGAUUCAGAGGAAGAAGAGGCUGAAGCUGAGGAAGAAGAUGAGCCAGAAGCUGAGGAAGAAGAGCCUGAAGCUGAGGAAGAAGAUGAGCCUGAAGCUGAGGAAGAAGAGCCUGAAGCUGACAAAGAGCUUGUGGAGGCUCUUAUUGCAAAUGAGAGAAAGAUCAAGGAUGAGCUGAGUGAACUGAGGAGGCUCUUUAUUAAUCACUUCAAAAAUGCGUCAACUUCUUCUGGUCCUUUUGGUGUGAAGAGAAUGGGAGAACUAAACUCUGAACCAUUCACUGAAGCAAUGGAAUCGCGCAAGGACAACCACUAUGAAGCUAUGCAGAAAUGCACAUUAUGGAGCAAAUAUAUUAGAGAUCCACACUGGCACCCUUUCAAAGUUGUCAACAUCCGAGGGAAACCUACGGAAGUUGUUGAUGGGGAGGAUAAGAAGCUGAAAGGACUGAAAAAGGAGCUGGGUGAAAAUGUUUAUGAGGCUGUUAAAGCUGCCUUAGUUGAGAUGAAUGAGUAUAAUCCUAGUGGCCGUUUUCCCGUACCAGAGCUAUGGAAUUUGGAAGAAGAUAGGAAAGCAAGUUUGAAGGAUGUGAUUGAGUUUAUUCUGGAUGGUUGGACUCCUAACAAACGCCUUAGGAGAAGGUGAAGUUGAUAUCAUUGCUUCUGUAAUCUGUGUGUGGAAAUAUAGUAUUGUGUGUGCUCUUUUGAAACUUUAUCGGUAACAUGAUAAUUCUGUCAAUGGUCAAUGCUUCGGUCUGACCAUUUUCAUGUGAAUAUAUGUAUUUUGGGAAGUACCCUUUAUGUUCUUUAUGCUUUUGUUUUGUAAUCGUAGUCUUACCAGACUAUAGACCGACUGGUCAUAUUAUGCGUUCUCAAGUAAAAUGGACUUUGACAUGACUUUUA